CGGGAGGGCGGGGCCGCGGGCGGGGGCGAUGCGGCCGCGCCGGGACCGGGCGGGACGGGGACGAGUCGCCGCUGCCGCCGCCACGGAGGGCGAGGAAGAUGCGGUCGCGGAGCAGCCGCUCGGGAGGCUGGAGGCGGCGGAGGGCGAUGGCGACAGCGACGACGACGGUAGCCUCUCGGGGGACGAGGAGGCGGAGGCGGCGGGGCCCGGCGGGAGAGAUCAGUCUGACAUGUCUUUCGAGGAACUACUGCAGAUGCAGAGUGAUGCAAGAACAAGAGUGUGCAAACAGAUGACCAGUGGAAAGAAAACUUCAAAACCUACCAAAGCUAUGGUGAAGCAGCAACAAGGCAAAAAGGGGCCAUUGGAGAUGUCUGCCAAGAAGCCUGUGCCUUUUCUGCGACAAGUCGUCUCUGUUAGAAAGAAGGUCCGCAGAGACCCUCGAUUUGAUGACUUGUCUGGAGAGUAUAAGCCUGAAAUAUUUAUGAAGACGUACAGCUUCCUGGACAGCAUCAAGAAGCAGGAGAAGGAGAUGGUUCAGAAGCAGCUGAAGAAAUGCCGGAACAUGGAGCAGAAGGAGAAACUUCAGCAGCUUCUGAACCGUAUGACACAGCAAGAACAGGCACAGAAAAAACAGCAGAAGCUGAGGGAGAGAGAGCUGUCUUUGAAGAGACAACAGAGGGAAUUGGCCAAGCAGGGAAAGAAACCCUUUUUCCUAAAGAAAUCUGAGAAGCGGAAAUUGGAGCUAGCUGAGAAGUAUGCAGAGCUGAAGAGGAGUGGAAAGCUGGAGAGCUUCCUGAACAAGAAGAGGAAGAGAAAUGCCAUCAAAGACAAGCGCCGUCUACCCUCACAGAAGAACUUGUGACAUUGGACAGACGUGCUGUUGUCUGGCACUGGGACUCAUUCUGCCUUAGCCAGGCCUGGAAGAUGGCUAUCCUUCUUCCCAAUAUCUGCCUUCCACUGCACAGUGAUGCUGUAAGGCAGCAGAGCAGAGGCUAAACUGAAGGAAAUAGUGGGGGUUUUGUAGCUGAAAUAUCCUCUUAACUUGUGGUUUAGACCAUGGGUGGUGACAAGUGUGUCGUGCAGAUGCUUACAGUGUUGACAGCUGGUUUUGUCCUUGCACCUGCUCAUUUCUUACUCUAGCAAGGAAAGCAUGAGUCUUGCCCUGCAUUGCUGGCUCUACUCCAGGUUUUCUCAGACUUCCACUGAGGUGGAAAAGGACCUGUUCAAAGCAGGGCUGGCACUGACUUCAGACCAGGUUGCCAUGGGAUGCGUUGGUGGGGUCUGUUAAUGUCCCAGGAGAGAUGCCACCACCUCUCCUGGCCUCUGCUCUACUGCUUCAGGUUCUCAAGAUGGAACUUUUUGUUCCCUCAUCCAGGAAACCUGCCUGGUGCUAUCCAUAUCAUUGUCUUGUUCUCAUUGAAGUGCCCGGCUGUCUUUCAGUAGCCUUGUCACAAGUCUGAGGGGUGGGUGGAAAAGAGGGGCUGUAAGGUCUCUGCAAAGUCUGUUCUUCUUAAGGGUCAAUAAACCCUGUUCCCUCAGUCUUUCCUUGCAGUGCUUCAGCCUCUGACGACUUUCACAUACUGAACUGGAGUCAGCCCAGACAACCAUCUGUCUUUUGGUGGCCCAGCCUGGAUGCAGUAUCUGGACGUAGUCUCACAAGGGCUGAGUAAAGGGAAGAGGAUCACACUGCUCUGCAUGGGCUGCAUCUAGUGAUGCAGACCCAGCUGUGGCUAGCCUUCCUCUGUCACAGGGCAUGCUGCUGACUGCUCAGCUACUGCUACUCCUGAUCUCUCCUUCAGAGCAGCUUGGCCUCUCUCCUUGGCUUCUCAUGGUUGUCCCCGCAGGGCUGUUAGUGCUUCUGGGAAGCUGAUCCUGUAUGAAAUAAAAUACUGGUUUUCCUUUA